UUUUUUUUUUAAGACUUACUUAUUUCUUUUAUUGCCUACAUUAAUUUAUAUAGAGUAUAGAUACACACACACAUAUAUAUAUAUAUAGGCAUAUACAUUUUUAUAUUUACUUAGAUAUACACAUAUUUCUCUAAAAUAAAUGACCGACAAACAAGAAAAGGAACAACAAUUGACAGAUAAUGUCGAGAAACAAACUCCUGAAGAAGUUGUCGAAGAACCUUACCAGUUAAACGUAAAGUUACCAGAUGGAAAAAGUAUUAAAAUCAUUGCAAGUCCUCGUGAAGCAAUUCAAGAUAUAAAACAAUCCAUCAUGGAAUCCCCUGAAACUUGCGCCAAUUCAUGUUUCUAUUUGGCUUUUGAAGGAAAGAGAAUUAAUGAUUAUUUAGAGCUUGGUGAAAUUGAAGGUUUAACAUCAGAGAGUGAACUUGAUUUGAUUGAAGACACAUAUACUGAACGUGAUGUUAGACUUCAUAUUAAUCGUCUUCGUGAUUUAUUGGCUGGCCCUUAUAAACCUGAUCCUUCUAGUAUUGGUAUUGACCCUGCUAUUUCAUUCUUGACAGCUAUCACUGGAGAAAUUGAUGAGGAGAUUAUAAAUGAUGCUGAUAAGAAGAUGGAUGAUUUAUUUUCCGACGAACCUGUCCCCAAGCACGUUUUUACAGAUUUAAACAUCGAAGAGCGUUCACAGCUUUCAAAAAUAGUUCCUUCCGAUUUCAAAAGAGUUGCCCCUGAAUGUAUUAAAAGCUUAGCUCUUUCAGGAUGGAAUCCUGUUCCUCAUCAACAAAAAUUAAAAGGAGAUCUUCUUUAUUUGACUAUUACAACAUUAGAAGGUGAAGUCGUUCAUAUUACAGCUUCUACUAAAGGUUUCUUUGUCAACAACUCUACCCAUUUUAAUUUUGAUCCCUCUCCUAGACAAACUAAACGUGCUUUUGCUCAUUCACUAAUCACAUUAUUACAGAAAAUUUCUCCUUUAUUUGCUACUAGAUUUGUCGAAUUACAAGACUUCAUCACCCACCAUCAUAUGCUUGAAGUACUUCCUGUUAACACCUACUGUCCUAAUUAUCCUUGGGCUGUUGAGGCACCUCAGCACCUCUAUGAUGCUUCAAGACCCUGCGAGACUUAUUUGAUUGCUGGAUCUGACGCUGUUGAAAGUCUUCGUGACUGGAAUGAUGAGAUUCAAUCGCAUCGUGAAUUGCCCAAGACUGUUUUGCAGGAAAGAGUUUUACGUGAACGUUUAAUUACAAAAGUUCAAGCUGAGUUUACAGAAGCUGCUAUUCGCGGUGCUAUGGCUGUUGUAGAUGGCUCUGUGAUUCCUUUAAACCCACUUGAACCAGAAGAAUCACAUAUGUAUGUUUAUAAUAAUAUCUUUUUCAGUAAAGGCAAUGAUAGUCGAAGCACUUUUGAAACAUUGGGUGGAGAUGAAGCUGCUCAUGUAGCUGUAAGUAAGGAUUUGGAGGGUGUCAAGAUAUUAAAUAGUAUUGAUGCCGAUGGCUUGUAUACAUUGGCAAAUGCAAUUGUGGACUAUAAAGGUAUUCGUAUCGUUGCUCAGAGUAUCGUUCCAGGUAUCUUCCGUCGACAAGAUGAAAAUUCCAUUAUCUAUGGCUCUAUCGAUAACGGUGAUCAGAUUUCUGCUGAUCCUAUUUUCCAUGAGUGUAUUGGCAAAGAUAUAGCUAAAUCACUUCAUUUAUCAGAACAUACCGUCAUAGAUGGAAAAGGGGAUGAAUCUCAACUCUAUACCUCUCAAGAAACUAAAGGACUGCUUGGUGCAGAUGGUCGUCGCUAUAUGUUGGAUCUUUACAGAUUAUGUCCUGUUGAUAUCAUCUUUCAAGAAAAUGAAUGUAUUGAAAAGGAUAGUAAGCCUGCCUAUCCUCACAAGAUGACUUUAUUAAGACCAGAGUUGAUGAGCUUGUUUUGGGAGCACAAGUUUAGACAAUGGGUAAAAGCAAAGACGGAUGAAAUUAAAAAUGAAAAAGAAGCAGCUAAAUCUAGUAUCACAUCUGCUGACUCUCAAAAGAAAAUGAAGAUUCUGCAACCUGAAAAUGAACAAACAAAGAAAGAGGAAGAAAUUAUUCGUGAAGCUUCUCAGUUCUUAAUUAACGAAAUUGUACCAAGCCUUGUUCUUGAUUUUGCUUCAUAUGCAGUUACACCCCUAGAUGGUGACGCACUUACAAAGACAAUGCAUCGUCGUGGUAUUAAUAUGCGUUAUCUUGGUAAACUUGCUGAACUCGUUUCUGUCAACAAAGACAAGCGUAUUGAUUAUAUUCAUAAGUUAAUUAUCCAAGAAAUGAUCGUUCGUGUCUCUAAGCGUCUUCUUCGCAAAUACCUCUCAAAGUGUUCUCCAGAAGAAACUAGUCUUUGCAUUUCCCAUUUCUUGAAUUGUUUACUUGGAUCCUCAUUUAAUUUGAAACCUAGUCCUGUAUUACCUGAAGGUACAAACCGAAAUGACUUUGAAUGGGCUCAAAUCACACCUGUAGGAUUAAAGAAGCUUGUCAUUCAACAAGUGUUGCUUCGUUUCCGCUAUAAGCUAGAAGAGACUGCGUUUGAACAACUUCGUUUCUUACCUACACUUCGUGAACUUUGUAUUCGCGUUGGUAUUCAAAUUAGUGCUCGUGAUUAUCGUACUGAACCUUAUAGUGAAGAAGAACGAACCGCGUUUGCUGCUGAAGAUGCAGCCUUCAAUCGUAAAAAACAAGAACAAAUAAAUAGUCGUAACAAGAAAUCAAAGAAGCACCAGAGACAACUUCAAGAAAUCAAUCAACGCCCUAAAAGACGUACAACGACUUUUAUUCCAGAAGAUAUUUAUAAUUUGAUGCCUACUGUGAAGCAAGCUUCAUCUCGAAGUGUCUUUGCUGAAGAAACAUUUGAAGCAGGUAAAAUGAGUAUUGCACAAGGCCAUCAACAACUGGGUCUGGAACUCUUACUUGAAUCCUUGGCUUUACAUGAGCAAACAUAUGGUUUCUUACAUCCCGAAACAAGUAAAUGCUAUGCUACUUUAGCUAUGCUUUAUCAUCAUAACGAAGAUCGUGAAUCUGCUCUUGAUCUUCAACGCAAGGCUGUUAUUUCUGCUGAAAGAACAUGUGGUAUUGAUCAUCCUGAAACCAUUCAUCAUUAUUUAAAUCUUGGCUUAUUUGAACAUGCAGCUGGUCGUACGAAGCUUGCACUUCGUUAUGUUCAUCAUGCAUUAUACUAUUGGGAUCUUCUUGUAGGCCCUGGUCAUCCUGAUUCAGCCACCGCUGAUAAUAAUACUGGUGUUAUGCUUCAAUCACUUCGUGAUUAUCCUAAUAGUACCAAAUUCUUUGAAAGAGCCUGUAAUACACAUGAGAAUAUUUUAGGUAAAGAUCAUGUUCUUACUGCUACUGGAUACCAUGUUCUUGCAAAGGCAUAUACACUGGAAGGAAACUUUCCAAAAGCGUUAGCAGCAGAAAGAAUAGCAUAUGAUAUAUUUGAGAAAAAGCUUGGCCCAGAAGAUCCUCGUACGAAAGAUAGUGAUGUAUGGCUUAAAGAAUUAACUACAAAUGCUGUUAUCAUGGCUCAACGUGCUCGUGAAGAACAACAAGUAAAUACUAACAAGACAAUUUCUACUACUACACCGGAAGUUAUAAGGAAACAAGUAAAAAUUCCAGAAAAACCUAAAGGUGAACUUCCCAUUGACCAACUCUUAAAAUACAUUAAUGGUGAAAACAAAGAAAAUUCACAAAAGGGGAAGAAGAAGUCCCAAAAAAAGUAUAAAUAAGCAUAUAUAAAUUGUGUAUUGUAUCAUAUUAGGAAUAAUAAAUGAGAUCAAAAAAAAAAAAAAAUUUUUUUUCUUUCUUUUUU